AUGCGGAGAUGGCGUGCCAUCUCGGGGGGGGACUUGUGGAAACGCGUGCAGCAAGGGGGGGCGUAUGGAAAGAGGGAGGCAGCAGCAGUGGUGGGGCGGCUGGUGGGGCUGCUGAAGGACUUGCACGCCCAGGGCAUCAUGCUCACACUCUCUUAUACCCUUUUCUCUUUCCUCUCCUCUCAUCUCCUCUGUGCCCCUCCUCCUUGUCUUCUCUCCCCUCUCGCCCUCCCAUGCCUGCCAUACUCCCUGCAGCACGUGCAUCUAGUGAUGGAUCUGUGUCAAGGAGGGGACGUGUGGCAGCGAGUGCAGCAGGGGGGGGCGUAUGGGGAGAGGGAGGCAGCAGCAGUGGUGGGGCGGCUGGUGGGGUUGCUGAGAGACCUGCACGCCCUGGGCAUCAUGCACCGGGAUGUGAAGCCGGAGAAUGUGCUUCUAAGGAGGGAGGAUGAUGACGUGGAUGUUGCAGUCAUUGACUAUGGUGUUUCGGUGUUCUUCAAUCCAGGUGAACGCUUUUCUGAGAUCGUAGGCUCGCCAUUCUACAUUGCCCCUGAGGGGGUGUUUCGGGCUAUUUUGGAAAAGAGCGUGGAGGAGGAGAUGGAGAGAGAGGGAGUGUGGGAGAGUGUGUCUGACGAAGCGAAGGACCUGGUGAUGCGCAUGCUGUCAAAAGACGCCGCCCUCAGAAUCACGGCAGAUGAGAUUCUCGACGUCUCAAAACAGAUAUCCACUGCUUCCCCCGUUUCCCCAACCCCUCAUCCUCCCUCGUCUCCUUCCCCCCUCUCCCCCUGUUCUCUCCCCCUUUUCACGCCCCCUUUCUGUGGCCCCAUAUGUUUCCCCCCUUUUUGUCCCCCCUUUCUCCCCCCAUUCCCCCCUCCCUCCCCCACCCCUUUUUCCCUCUUUUUCCCCCUCCCACUUUCUGACGCAACGCACUACAGCAAGCAGCAGGUGCCACAGCGAUCCUCCAUGAAGCAAAAGGAAGGAGGAGGAGCCAACGAGCUGGAGAACGGUCCACUCCUUGUCAUUGUCACGAGACCCCCUAUUCUCCCCGCAUCGCUUCUUCCACACUCUCCCAGUUUCUCACGCCACGCACUACAGCAAGUAGCAGGUGCCGCAGCAAUCCGCCUUUCUGAAGCCACACACUACAGCAAGCAGCAGGUGCCACAACGAUCCGCUGUGAGGCGAGUGGAAGGGGGAGGAGCAUACGAACUUGAAAACGUGUGCAUACACGCUCGAUUCAAGGGAGGAGUGACCUUGCAUGGGGUAGAGGAUGUGCCGAGCGAUGGUGAUGGUUUACCCCUAUGCAACGAGGCAGGCUGUUUCACCUUCCCAGUAACCUACACCAAUGACAAGCUGCCACGUGGCAAGAGGGGGCACAGCGGAUGGAUAGAUGACGCUACAGCUGUCAUCAUGCCGCUGACGGCUGGCAAUCCUUGGCAUUUUCUGCACCACGCCAUCCCUCUGUCCCAUGUGGAGGGACUGAAUGCAUGCUCUCUCUCACCUACCCCAUCCCCAUCUCCCUCCUCUCCUCUCCUGUCCCUCUGCCAUCUCCCCAUGCCAUUUUCCACCCCCUCCUCUCAGCUCCUUUCCUCUCAGCGCCACGCCCUGCGCAACAGCACAGCACACCUCUUCCCCUGCCUAGCCAGGGGGGUCGAAGGCAUGUUAGCCCACGCCUCCCACAUACAUGGGGAGGGCAGGCAUGAGGGGACCAUGCCAGAUGUAGACACCCGCACGCACGACACAGACGUGCAAGGCAUUCAUACCCAUGACGCCCGCACACAUGGAGCUGCGCACAUCACUGCUACUGGCAUCUCUGUGCCGCCCCCUGACUACUACUCCACUCGCCACUUCCCCUGGUGGCCGCUGCUCGCUGCUACUGCUCCUCCGGGUGUCACCCUCUAUCAGAAGCAGCACCACCGCCGCCGCCUCUCGUCUUUGGUAACCGUCUCAGAGGUGGCGGCGCUAGCAGCAAAUCGCUCCUCCCCCUUCAUCUGCUACCGUCACGCCUUCCUGGGUCUGCCUCCGGCCUUCUCCCCCGGCCCGCUGCUGCAGAGACGGCCGCCUCUGCUGCCAGUCGAGUCAUACCAAGAGUUCAGACGCCGCGCCUUGGCCCUUGCUGGAGUGACAGAGGACAGAGGCGCCCCUCUCUCCUGCCGGGUGACUUUUGAGUCGACUCAAAAGUCACCUCAAAAACGCCCCUUUCUCCUGCCGGGCCCUGCAUUCCAAGAGUUCAGACGGCGAGCCAGCCCUGGCCCUUUCUGGGAUCACAGAGGACAGAGGCGCCCCCCUCUCCUGCCGGUCACUGCAUCCCUCCACGCCCCUUCCAAUCUUCCAUCCCCCUUUCCAUCCCCCUUCCAUCCCCCACCCCCCGUUCACUCCAGCAGUGAGUCCAAACCACACGAUCUCCCGCACUCAACGUCGUCCUCCUUGCCGUCCGCCACGUCAGCACCACUCUCCACAUCAGCAUCACUCCUUCCCACCCGCCCUCCUCCUCGCUCUACGCGGCCUUUGAUGGGCAUCAUAGCUCGCGAUAGGAUGCGUCGCCUCUGCCACCUACCAGGUGAGCCUUGGAAGGGAGCUGUUGCCAUAGCUAUCAUCACCAUGUGUUUCGCCUCCCCUCCACACACGCGGCCUUUGAUGGGCAUUAUCGCUCAUGAUAAGAUGCGUCGCCUCUGCCACCUACCAGAUCUGGUAAGAGCAGCAGAGUCGGCAGGGUUUGAGGUGCGAGUGCUGCAGUUUGAAAAGUUCGACGUGUGGCAGCAGAUUCGAGAGGCACACCAGCUAGACGUGCUGGCGGGCAGUCACGGUGCGGGCAUGAGUAACCUCAUAUGGUUACCACCCCACGCACAGGUCCUAGAGAUCUAUCCUGCACGCCCCACCCCCUUCCUCCUCCCUGCUCGCAACCUCAACCCCGCCUCAUCCUCUCUCCCCAUCCUCCCACCCCCCUUCCUUCUCAGGAGCGGGCAUGAGUAA